GCGGGGGACCCCCAAUUAUGGGGCGGGACCCGAAAUUAUGGGGAGGGGGCGCCCAUUAAACCCCAAAUUAUGGGCAGGGAACGCCCAAUGAUGGGGUGGGGGGGCCUUGGGACCCCCAAUUUAGGGGGUGGGACCCCCAAAUAUUGGGUGGGGGGGCCAUGGGACCCCCAAUUAUGGGGUGGGACCCCCAAAUUAUGGGGUGAGGUGGCCAUGGGACCCCCAGUUAUGGGUGGGACCCCCAAAUUAUGGGAUGGGGGCCAUGGGGGCCCCCAAUUAUGGGGAGGGGCGCCCAUUAAAACCCAAAUUAUGAGAGGGGGGAACCCAAUUUAUGGGCGGGGGGAGCCCUGAGCCCCCAGUUUAUGGGUCGGGACCCCCAAUUAUGGGGUGGGGAGGCCUUGAGACCCCCAAUUAUGGGGUGGGACCCCCAAAUUGUGGGGAGGGGGGGCCUUGAGCCCCCAAUUUCUGGGUCGGGGACCCCAAAUUAUGGGGAGGGGGGGCCAUGGAGACCCCCAAUUUCUGGGUCGGAGACCCCAAAUUAUGGGGUGGGACCCCCAAAUUAUGGGGUGAGGGGGCCAUGAGACCCCAAAUUAUGGGUCGAGGACCCCAAUUCCUGGGCCGGGGACCCCAAUUAUGGGGUGGUGGUGCCUUGAGACCCCAACUCCUGGGCGGGGGACCCCUCCCCAAUUCCUCAGGGCCCCCCUGCCCCCCCAGCUCCUGCUCCUGGUGGCGCUGGCGGCGACCCCGGUGGCUUUGGGGACCCGCGGGGACCCCGCGGCCGCGCUGAGCCCCCUGCCCGGGGGGCUCUCGCUGCCCGGGGGAGGGGUCUCGCUGCUGGGGGGGGUCCCGCUGGUUCUGGGCGGGGGUCCCGGCCGCCCCCCGUGCCGGCCCGUGAACGUGACGGUGGCGCUGGAGAAGGACGAGUGUCCCCAGUGCCGCGCUGUCACCGCCACCGCCUGCGGGGGCUUCUGCCGCACGCGGGAGCCGGUUUACCGCAGCCCCCUGGGCCCCCCCCGCCAGGCCGCCUGCACCUACUCGGGGGUUCGCUACGAGCGCUGGAUUUUGGGGGGCUGCCCCCCCGGCACCGACCCCGCUGUCACCGUGCCGGUGGCCCUGGGCUGUCGCUGCGGCCGCUGCCCCAUGGCCAGCGCCGACUGCGCCGUCAUGGGGCUGGGACCCUCCUUCUGUGGGGCCCCGGGGGGUUUUGGGGGGUCCUGACACCCCCCGACCCCGGGGAUGGGACCCCCCACUCCCAAUUUAUGGGGUAAUAAAACCUCCCGGCCGCCAG